AGGUGGCAAGAGAGAAAGAGAGAGAGAAAGGAGAGAGAAGUGAAGAAAUCUUUGAUCUUCUCAUCUGCAGUCCUGUUUCUGUCUAAACAGUUAAUGUGGAUUAGCUCUGUAGUGUGAUGAGGAAGACCUUUCCCUCCCUUUCAAAUUGUGGGAUCCAAGGAGAAACUGGUUUCUUCCACCCCGACUAAAAACAUUAUGGGUUGCUGCUGCAGUUUCGACUAUGAUGAUGACUGGGCCAUAGACACUGAGAUUUGUGAAGUGUGUCACUAUCCUAUUGAUCCAGCCACCAAGCCAAAGAGGCCCAGUUUAAAUGGUUAUGAGUUGCGCACUCCUCUGUUGGCAGCCGAAGAGAUUCCACCUCCUGGUUCACCCCUUCAAGAUAAACUGGUGGUUGCAGUCUAUGAUUAUGAAACAACUCAUGAAGGAGAUCUGCCGCUUCGGACAGGAGAACAACUAAGGAUACUAGAAGAGACAGGAGAAUGGUGGAAAGCUCAGUCUCUCACCACAGGACAAGUAGGCAAUAUACCAUGCAACUUUGUCGCCAAGUUGAACACACUGGAGCAAGAGCCUUGGUUUUUCAAAGCCCUCGGCAGGAAGGAUGCUGAGCGCCGCCUUCUCACUGCUGGUAAUACACAUGGUGCUUUCCUUAUUCGAGAGAGUGAAUCCACCAAAGGCUCCUUCUCCCUCUCCGUGCGAGAUUUUGACCAGAACCAAGGAGAAGUUGUGAAGCAUUAUAAGAUACGAAAUAUGGACAAUGGCGGGUUCUACAUCUCUCCUCGUAUCACCUUUGACAGCUUGCACAGCCUGGUAGAACAUUAUACCAGUAACACUGAUGGGCUCUGCACGCGCCUUACCAAGCCCUGCCAAACUCAGAAGCCACAGAAGCCCUGGUGGCAAGAUGAGUGGGAAGUGCCCAGGGAGAGCCUGAAGCUGGUGGAGAAACUGGGAGCAGGGCAGUUUGGUGAAGUUUGGAUGGGCUACUAUAAUGGCCAUACAAAAGUUGCCAUAAAGCGUUUGAAAGAAGGCGGCAUGUCACCUGAAGCCUUCCUGGCUGAAGCCAACCUGAUGAAGAAACUGCGCCAUGUACGCCUGGUGAGGCUCUAUGCAGUGGUAACUCAAAGGCCCAUGUUCAUCAUUACAGAGUAUAUGGAAAAAGGCAAUCUGGUAGAUUUUCUCAAAACUGCGGAAGGCGCUAAAUUAACAAUUUAUAAACUGCUAGACAUGUCAGCACAGAUAGCAGAAGGAAUGGCCUUCCUGGAGAAGAAAAACUACAUCCAUCGUGACCUGCGGGCUGCCAAUAUCCUGGUGUCCGAAAGCCUCAGCUGCAAGGUUGCAGAUUUUGGGUUGGCCCGCCUUAUGAAGGAUGACGAAUACACUGCUCAAGAGGGAGCAAAGUUCCCAAUUAAAUGGACAGCCCCAGAGGCCAUCAAUUAUGGAACAUUCACCAUUAAAUCAGAUGUUUGGUCAUUUGGGAUUCUAAUGACUGAAAUCAUCACUUAUGGUCGGAUCCCUUACCCAGGAAUGAGCAACCCAGAAGUCAUCCAAAAUCUGGAACGAGGCUAUCGGAUGCCACAACCGGACAACUGCCCAGAAGAGCUGUACAAAUUGAUGUUGCAGUGUUGGAGGGAUAACCCAGAGCAACGCCCCACUUUUGAGUUCCUGAAAGGGGUCCUGGAGGAUUUCUUCACUGCCACGGAAGUACAAUAUGAGCAGCAGGUGUGAAGAUGCUUCAACCCAAGAUCCGUGGGACACUCUUCUCACAACUAGCAGAAAAGACACUGUUGAAAACUUUGCCUUGCAUCCAAGAUGGUGGGGAGGGGGGUAUGGUGGAAAAGAAGGGCUUUAUUGGGACCCCAAUAACUUCCUGAGAAGUUCAUGGCUCAUCUCUGGAAAACUUCCCCCUUUUUUCAAAAGGAAAAGAAAACCAACAUUCAAAGGUACCCAAAGGCACUGAGACGGAGGGUUCUCACACCAGCUCAGCUGGCGGGAAGCAAGCCUUUUUUUAAUUAUUACUUUUUGCUUCAGCUGCUCUGUAGGAGGCACAUGCACCUGGUAUAAGUGGUAGUCCUUGACUUAUGACCAUGCCGAACCUGGCAAGGGAGGUUGUAAGUUGUGAGAGUCAUAAAGCAAAUCACUCCUGUGACCAGACCUGUUUUAAUGGCCAUUUUGCAGCAGCCAUAAAGCAAAAACUUCAUGUAAUUAAGCAAGUCUAUUUUUGCUAGUUUUUUUCCCCAGAAAUUUAAAAUGAAUGCUGGUUUUCAGCAAAAACCAUUGUAAAUGGCAAUCAUGUGAUUGUGGGGGAGAGGCAACAUCAGAACUUCAAAUCUACCAGUAGGUCAUAAGUAGUUUUUCAGGGGCAGGUUGUAAUUUUGAGCGGUCGCUAAGUGACCUGUUGUAAGUUGAGGACUACCUCUACAAAUAAAGAACCACUGUCUAGAAAGCUGUUUCUUGAGGCAAAGGUCCUCUGACUUAAGGCAUUGGAGUUCCUGGGAUUGUUGUGCAACCAGGCCUGGAGGUUGAACAAAGGCAAUAAAAAGUGGCUCCAGGAUGUGGUCAAAAAAGUUAAGAUGGCCGUCAUAAUGGUGGUCGAAGCUCCACCUUUUUUUAUUUCUGUGGUGACCCUCAUGAAGAAGAGCUUUGCUUGCACGGUUGUGGCUGCCAUUUUGACUUUUUUGACCACACAUAGGACCUGACAAGGAGGAGGAAGGUGGAGGAGGAAGGAAGAAAGGUAAUUUACAGGUUACUCUAAGUGAGUGCAUUUUUAAAUCAUUGUUUCUUGAACAAGUCACAAUAAUUUUGGAUUCACAUGUGACCUUAAACCGUGUCUUCCAAAAUCACAGCAGUUAUGAAAUUAUAUAAUUUGAUCUUUUCUAUAUGCACACAUGCUUAAUACAUAUAACUUAUA